AUGGGGAGUAAAAAUCACACGAGUAUUUCUACCCAGAAGGUUGAAAGGCACCUGCAAAAAGAAAAUAUUCGUCGCUUAACCACGCUUGGCCACUUCGGUUUUGAGUGUCUGCCCUACCAGCUGGUGAACAAAUCUAUGCGGCAAGGGUUCUCUUUCAAUAUUCUCUGCGUCGGGGAAACUGGAAUCGGAAAAUCAACACUGAUUAACACAUUGUUUAAUACGAAUCUGAAAGACAGCAGAUCCUCACAUUUUUAUCCAAAUGUCGGACUUAGAAUUCAGACAUACGACCUUCAGGAAAGCAAUGUUCAGUUGAAACUGACCGUAGUGAAGACAGUGGGAUAUGGUGACCAGAUAAACAAAGAAGGCAGCUACCAACCAAUAAUUGACUACAUAGAUGCCCAGUUUGAGGCCUACCUUCAAGAAGAACUGAAAAUUAAACGUUCCUUCACGUACCAUGACUCCCGCAUCCACGUGUGCCUCUACUUCAUUUCGCCUACAGGACAUUCUCUGAAGUCCCUCGACCUGUUGACAAUGAAAGGCAUCGACAGCAAGGUGAACAUUAUACCAUUGAUUGCCAAGGCAGAUACAGUUUCUAAAAAUGACUUACAGAAGUUCAAGAGUAAGAUAAUGAGUGAAUUGAUCAGCAACGGCAUCCAGAUAUAUCAGUUCCCAACAGAUGAUGAAAGUAUCGCUCAGACGAACUCCUCAAUGAAUGGCAUGUUGCCUUUUGCUGUGGUGGGGAGUACCGAUGAGGUGAAGGUUGGAAAAAGGAUGGUCAGAGGCCGCCACUACCCUUGGGGAGUUCUGCAAGUGGAAAAUGAAAACCACUGUGACUUUGUUAAGCUCCGGGACAUGCUUCUUUGUACCAACAUGGAAGACCUGAAGGAACAGACCCACAUCCAUCACUACGAAUGCUACAGGUACAGGACACUGCAGAAAAUGGGAUUCACUGAUGUGGGCCCAGACAACCAGCCUGUGAGUUUUCAAGAGAUAUAUGAAGCCAAAAGAAUACAGUUCUAUGAUCAAUGUCAGAGGGAGGAAGAAGAGUUGAAGAAAAGGUUUAUGCAACAAGUGAAGGACAGAGAAACAGCAUUUAAAGAUGCUGAGAAAGAGCUACAGGACAAGUUUGAGCAUCUUAAAAGGAUUCAGCAAGAGGAGAUAAUGAAGCUUGAAGAAGAGAGGAGACAACUGGAAGAAGAAAUAAUAGAUUUUUGUAAAACAAAGGCCACCUGUGAAACAUUGCAGACUCAGCCAUGCACCAGUAUAAAGAAGGACAAAGAUCGCAAGAAAUAGUCUCUUCUUAUGUGUCUAUCUCUGUAGAGCCGCGCCAUUCUAUAACCCACAUACCUAUGAGAUUGUCUUCAUAGCAUUUAACUGUAAUUGGAGCUCUGAUUUUUAAAAUUUUACUGAUUGUAUAUUUUCCUUAACUAGG